AUGUCUAACUUGGAAUAUUUCAAUUACGAGGGUUAUGGACAGACAACCGCUAAGCAGAAUUUUUGGUACAGCCAAGCUGUUCAGGUAGGAGAUGUAAUCGAAUGCUCUGGUCAAGGUGGAUGGGAUCGUAUCACUGAGGAAAUCCCCAAGGAUAUCGAAAAGGAAAUCGAGCAAGCAUUUGACAACGUCGAGGCUGCAUUAACGACGGCCGGUUCCAAAGGCUGGGAAGAUGUUUUCUCCUUGACGUCGCACCAUAUGCCAAUUAAUGACGAAACUAUGGGGAUUAUGGUUCGACUGUUGAAGAAAUACUGUCCGAAUCACCAACCUAUCUGGACGGCUCUUGGAGUCCCUGCGCUCGCUCGCACAGAUAUGAGGGUUGAGAUUGAAGUCAGAGCGUACUCUCCAAAGAAGUAA